AUUCCCCCCGUGGAUGACGAUUUUCAGUUUGCGUUUACGCUCUGAUUCAUCCGAUCAAUGAUCAUUGUGCGUUGCCGUUUGGCACGUGUAAAAAAUCUACUCCAGUUUGCAUUCCCAUCGACGAACUCUCGAAGCACAGACCGCUUGUUCUCUUUCUCUUGAAAAAUGUGCUCCUCUCUUUGUUUCUGUCGGAAGAAGGGCUCGUGCGUGCAUGAUUCAACACAGUGCAAUCAUUUCAUUUGGAGUGCAGUGGUAGUCAUUUACGCGUAGGCGACCAAUGAGAUCCCGGUAAGACUCGUUCAUCACAUUACAUUACGAUUCAUUAAAAAAUUGGCCAGUGCCCCCUCAAGCUCGGGGCAUCGCCGCGGCUCUGACAGUUUCGAGUUCGUUUUAGCUAGUGAAGGAACUGCUCGUGACCUGCUGUCUCAAAAAAAGUGUUCAGAAAAUUAGUUGAAAAAAAUAUCGACAGCGUGUGACUCACAUUGUGUUAAAAUUCAUCUCGUUUCAGCAAUUAUUGAAUCACCCAUCAGGAAACAAAAAACAAAACAAUCACGACACGAUGGUGUGUUGAAUGAUUGGAAAAACAUUUGAUUUCCUACGACUUUUCUACGAUUUGAUUCGCAACAAAAAAUUUGCAGGUCUACUAUAUCUGUAACAGCAAACUUCCAUGAGACACAUUUCCAAAAAAAUCGUCAUUGUAACAUUGUAUUUGAAUAAUCGAUCGGCACAUUCGCAAGGAUUUUUGAAUUUCGUUUCUCCGAAAGGCAAUCGGUAUUCGACUAUUUCAAUGCCGAAGAAGCACGAAGCAAUUUAUAAUUGACGAUCGAAAACAAUAGCAGAGGAAUGUUACAUUAUCCGGAGCAGAAUAAUCACAGUUUGCCAAGCUGCGUUCUUGUUUGUUAUGUGAUAUUACGCUUUAAAUCCCUGGUGUGUUGACGAUACAGAUACAAGUGAACGUAAAAUAAAUACCGUAAGACGUAACGAGUGUAUAGUGCGCGUAUUGUAACGGCGUGACGUUUGUUAACGCGUGUGUGUGCACCGAAGUUCAUUCACGCUCGGUCAUUAUGAUUUGUUUUUGUACAGCGUGCGGUACAUUACUAUAAUCCAGUAGACUCGAUACUGCACAGAGCAUCCGCGGUGAGAGAAAGAAAGAUAUUAUGUUUGUACGUGUCGUAAUUUGAAAGGUAAAACACGGACUUUCGCUUUUUCCCACCGGCGUCCGAGUGGAUAAUUCAUUGGGACGAGAGAGUGGCACAGCAAACGGUCUGGGGAGCGCAGUGUUUUACCUGUCUGCCGGGCACAAACAUAUUGCUGCACGAGCCGAGGGCUCCCGCGCACUCCGCGGUGGUUCUCCAAGGUGUGGCGACGAAACCCAGGGGGAGACACGAGUUUCGAGCGAUACUAUAGUCAAUUUUGGAUCGAGCUCGUGUCGUAGAAGUCCAGCUCUUUUCUGCUAUAGUUUGAGCGUUCGACUCCUUCUCUUACUGUAGACGAUGCUAUAGUUAUGUCGCCAGUUUGACUGUUACAUCGUAACACUGACUAACGCACAACACAACGUCAGUGAAUCGUUCGCACGCGGCAAGAUGGUGACGCUCCGAGUACACGCCUUUAUUAAAGGGCGCGUCACUCUUCUCCUGGUUUUGUUGUGCCACGAUGUUGUUCACGUCGGUUGUCAGGCCAAUAAUCCUUACGGCGAAAGAACUUACGGGCGCGACGGUGUUUACGUCCCUCCCGGUACACCAGGAUACCAAACCUACGUUCACAAAGACAGAAGAUACGGUUAUCAGCCAAGCUACCUGGAUCCUGUUUACAGAGGACCCCCGAGAGCACCCGAAGAUCGUUUUCACUUUGGGGAAUCACCGCGACAUCCGGAACUGCCAGGAAUAUUGGGCGGUUGGCGGAAAGAUCUGCAGGGCAAGGAGAGACCAGACUCGAAGAGCCUGGAGAAAGAUAUAUUCGUGACGACGGAUUACGGACAGGUUCAAGGAUUCAAAGUUUAUCUGUACGAUCACCCGGAAGCGCGCCACAGGCCAUGGAAUUUGCCUGUAGAGAGGAUAACAGCGAGCGUAAAUGUUUUUCUUGGAAUUCCUUACGCGAUGCCACCGACGCGAGAGGCAAGAUUCAAACCACCGCAGCGACACAAACCUUGGCAGCUUUUGCAAGCUGUAGAUUGGGGACCAGCUUGCCCACAGCCGAGUACUUACACUGGAGCGACGAAAGGUAUUCGUGACGUUGACGAGGAUUGUCUCUACCUCAACAUAUUCACGCCGAACGCUCAAUCGGGAGUAGGAAAACGUUACCCAGUGAUGAUUUACAUUCACGGCGGGGAAUUCAUUCACGGAGCUAGCAAUCAAUUCCCAGCCCACAUGUUGGCUGCUUUUUACAACGUUGUCGUUGUUUCCAUGAAUUAUCGUCUCGGCGCACUGGGCUUUCUCAGCACCGGGGAUGAAAACAGUCCGGGAAAUUAUGGGAUCCAUGAUCAGGCGAUGGCUCUGCAAUGGGUCGCUGAUAAUAUACAAAAUUUUAAUGGAAUGCGAGAUUCUUUGACGCUUUUCGGACCUGGGGCCGGUGCCGCGAGUGCUGGAUUGCUCAUGGUUGCUCCCAGGACGAGACAUCUCGUUUCGAAAGUCAUAGCCCAGUCCGGAUCGGCUCUGGCCGAUUGGGCAUUGAUCGUUGACAAAUACCGGGCGCAAAAUACCUCGCGAGUUUACGCCGAAACGAUGGGCUGCAGCAUCGAGAGCAGCUUCAGAUUGGUGCAGUGCUUACGAGACUCGCGUAGCUUUUUCGAUCUUGGAAAUUCGGAGCUGAAGCCGCACGUCGGGAUGUUUCCUUGGGCGCCUGUCCUCGACGCUAAUUUCACCGUUCCUCAUGGCUUUUACGAUGAUUGGAGAGCCGAGGAUUGGCACUUUUUUACUGCUACUCCUGAGGACAGUAUAAGGGCAGGAAAUUUUAGUAAAAAUCUUGUUUACAUGGCUGGCGUCACGACGCAGGAAGCGGCGUGGAUAAUACACAAUAAUUCCACUCUGAGGAGGAAGAAUUUCAUCAUCGAGCCUGAAUUAUUUGACCAAAAAAUCUGGGAAAUGGUACUGCGUUACAAUUACACUCUCAAUCCUUGGGGCGUUUAUGAAGCGAUUAAAUACAUGUACACUUUUUGGCCAGAUCCGAAAAACGUUACGCUGAUACGCGAUCAGUACAUAAACUUGCUAACAGACUUCAAUUACGUCGCUCCGUUCGACAAGAUAGCCAAACUCUUAGUAUCCAAAAAAGUGCCAGUUUAUCUUUACGUUCUGAACACAACGAUAGAAGCUCUGAAUUUGCCACAUUGGCGAAGAGUUCCCCACGACACGGAGCACCUUUUGCUGACAGGAGCUCCCUUCAUGGACACUGAACUUUUCCCAGAGAACUGGAAACUCAGAAGAGACAUGUGGACGGACAACGAUCGCAAUAUGAGCCAUCUUUUCAUGAAGAUGUACGCAAACUUCGCGACUUAUGGAAAUCCAACACCUUCCCAGAUACUCGGCUUACACUUCGAAGUCGCUAAACCCGGUUACUUGAAGUAUCUCAACAUCAAUACGACCUACAACAGUUCCAUUUAUUACAAUUAUCGUCAAACUGAGAGUGCUUUUUGGUCGGAAUAUCUUCCAACUGUUAUCGGACGUCUUGUACCGACGUAUCCUCCCGUCACAGAGUAUUGGUGGGAGCCGAAACAACCGCUGCAGAUAGCCUUCUGGUCAAUGUCCACCGCUUGCCUUCUCCUCAUUGUUCUAUCGGUCGUUUGUUGUAUGCUGUGGCGUAAUGCCAAGAGACAAUCUGAUCACUACUAUAGCGGAGAUAUCCUGAUGGUCCGAGACGACGAGCACUCGGAGGGAAUCGAGAAUUUGACUCGAGCAUCGAAAGAAAACAUGUACGAAUAUCGGGACGCACCGCCAUCUUCGAAAGGGCGAAUACCUCGACAAAAUGAGACGAAGCUUCAAGAGCGUUUAGCGCACAAUCGCAAAUUCAGCUCAACGCCGUCAUUGAGAAGCAAUUCCAACAUGUCGUUGAAGGACAUGAGAAACGAGGGCUUCGUAACGAGCUCGCCGAACGGUCAUCCAGCGAGACAAAUUGGCAAAGCCUCCAGUCAAACUACCCUGACCAAAGGUAAAAAUCGCACACACGUCGUUCAAGGAGUACCACAGACGGCGGUGUGAAUUUUCGUGGUUCUUUGGAACUUAUCGACAUUCCAUUUAGUCUCGUGUAUAUCUCUGAAACGAGAGCAAGAAAAAUGUAUUUUUUAUUGAACAUUCAUUUGGAAAUGGAGGGGGGAAAUGUUUCAAAAGUCUUUAAACCCGCGAAUAUUUCCAGUCAUUCUGUAACUGAUUGUUUUGGUACAAAAUAUCAUUUUUAUAUCAUCAUUUUUGUAUUUGAAUGAUUUUUUAUGGCUUUAUCGGCUGUUUUUUUUUGUACGUUUUUAUCGAUCUCAUUUCACAAUUAACGUCCACUUUUCAACGACAGUGAAACAUUAAAGGGCGCAUGGAAAUAAAGAGCGUCAAAUGUGCAAAAUCUUGUUCUGGAAAAUUCUGAUUUUACGAACGAUGCGCAUUAAUAUUAGUUUCAUCAGAAAAUGUAAUUUUCUAUAUUUUACUAAAAUCUUGUUGCCCAGUUUGUUUAAGCUCAAGGUUGAAAAUCCUUUUAUAUUAGUCAUCGAUGCAUCAUGUAUUUGUUGUUUCAAAUGAGAUUUUCCAUGUGAAAACUCUGAAUUGUGAAAAGUUUCUUCGAAGCCACAGUCUUUAGUAUAAAUCGAAUAAAACAGUAGAAAAUUUUGAGGAGUUUUAAACAGUUUGUUAGUCGAUUAACAAAUGAAUCGACUAAUUCGAAUUAACGUUACAUUCAAACGUACCUCGUUGGGGUCUUAAGAUAUCCAAAAGAUCAAAAAACGCAUUUUUUUCAAAUGCAUCGCGGAGGUGGUAAUUAUGUUCAAAGUGCCUUGUAUAUUGACGGCUGUUGCAAUGUGGGACAGCAUUUUUAGAACACGACAGAUCAGAGUUCUUUCUGUAUUUUCAAUUUCCACUGCCAAAUGUGGGAGUCCUUUUCAGAAAGAUUAUCCGUCCAUUUAAUUAAUCUACAAUGAACAGUAGCACUAACUGGCGCAUGUAUAAAUGUUUCAUAUCAUUAAAAACAUUGUAUUAUAUAUAGAUACAUACGAAAAUGUUUACCAGUUUUAUAUAUUCAAAAUAUAUAUGUAUAUGUGUACUUCAACCUAGCAGGCAGCUUUUCUGAUGUGUGAACAGUCAGAUGAAGUGGUAUUAGAAUUUGCACUGCAUUAAAAUACAAGAAAUACAUUAUUUAUAAAUUUUAUCAAUUGCAAAAGUAUCUGAAUAUUUUGACACAUUCAAUAUUUAAAAUACAGAGAAAUUCUCUGAUUUUCAUUGCCUAAUACUGCCAAUAAAUUUAUUGAAUUAUUCUGCUGCAGCAGUUGAUACCGCAACUUCAAUGUCGGAAAGUCAUUGCAGAUCCCUAUUUUCUUGAAUAACUGUCUGCUAAGGGGAAAAAAGGUAUGCGCAGCUAGGUUCUUCCUUCAGCAUUGUAGCGCUCCAUUUUCUUUUGUUCUUUCUUGACAAUUCUAACUUGUGCAUGUAAAAUUCUGUCAGUAUUUUGUUCAUAAAUUGAUAUAAAAUGAAUACAAUCUGCUAAAUAUAUUUUGGCUUUUGAGGAUGAAUUAUAUUCACCAAAAAACGUGAUUUGCAGAUACCUUUUUUGCGUACCGUAUAUGAAUUAUUUUUUAAGUAGGAAUGAAGAAUUUGCAAGUGUUCGUAGAUUUAAUAAUAUAAUGAUUUUUUUAUAAUACCGUAAUAAAAGUUCGACGAAAUUACUUAUUAUUUCGUCGUCGCUAUAUACCACACACUGCUCCAUGUUGUCACGGAAAAAAUGAAGAGAUAUGAAGAAUGUUUUUGUCAUAUGGAAUGUUUUAGUUUUAAUUGUUACGAUUCUUUACCACAACCUGUUCAUCAUAAAGUUAAGAAAAUUUUAGCAAUUAUAUAAGUGAAACACAUUAAAUGUGUUAUAGUACAUAUAAAUAGGUCUAAAAAAAAAGUACAACUCAACCACAAAGUGUUUGUAGCAUUUUAUACGAAGCGUUGAUCGACUCAAGCGAGUCAAAAAGCACAAUGAAUUUUUUUAUAAUAAAAAAAGAUUUACACUUA